AGUAAAAACAAUAACAAAGUAUCAAAAAUGUAUAAGAAUUAUUACGCAUAGAAAUGAGAAGAAAAAUUAAUUUAGAGUAAAUUGUGUCGCAAUUAGUAAACAGUAUCCGGCUUUUAUUUAAUUUAAAUUUUUUCUGAAUGUUUAAAUGAAGUAUCAAUGUAUUGAAUUUCUUUUCACUUUUCAUCGCAUCUGGCAUGUGUUGAUACGCAUUAUUUGGUUUGCAAAACAUAUUUUGUUAAUCAGUAAGUGAUACAUUCAUUUAAAUGUAUGGAUCAAUAUUCAAUUAUUUUAUAAUAAGUGUAAUAAUGUUAAGCAAAGUGUUUAUGUUAAAUGUAAAAUUUCGAUGAAUUAUUUUAAUAGAAAAAAUAUUUUUUGAAAUGGAUCCAAUGACAUUAGUUACACAGUAUAAUUUGCUACAAAAUGGUCCACCAGAAGAGUCAAAACUUGCUACCUAUAUGAAACGUCAAAGUAAUGUUUCUCCUCAAGCAGCAUUGUUUCAAUCUCUGUCAAAAAAUUUUUCAAAUUUAGAGAUGAACCAGUCACAUGAAUCAAUGAAAAAAUUACAGGCAUCUGUACCAACAGUUGACUUUGUUCCAAGAAAUUUAAUUAAUCCAUCCAAUAACUCUGAUAAUUCCUCUUUAUAUAAAGAUAAAUCUCAGUCUAUACAAGCAUAUCAGAAAAACGUCAAUGGUACUACUUAUUUUUACCCUCCAGAAGCAAAUGGUCCUAAUUCAGUCAACAAUGUUAUGUAUGAUGAUCCUUCAGGAUAUUUAUCAAUGCCUCCUUCAGUUGAAUCACCUACAGCUGGUCUAUAUGCUCAAGAUGAUCUUAGAAGAGAUUUAUUGCACAGAAAUACAUUGUCAAUUAUGUCCCCAGAUGCUAAUCAGUGGCCAGAUUUACCAGAAAGUAUUGAAGAUUAUUAUGAAAUUUAUCCCUUGGAUAAUUAUGGGCACUCAUCAAAAGUAUUAACAUUUAAUACUUCAACUUAUAGAGCUACAAAUUCUAAGACAGGAGAAAAAUGCUGUUUAAAACGCAUACAUGGUUUUCGACAACUUAUUACUAAGUAUAGUCCUUUGAUUGAAACUUGGAAGAAAAUUACUCAUGCUAAUAUAGUUCAACUGAAAGAUGUUUUUGUAACAAAAGCUUUUAAUGAUAAUUCAUUAAUAUUUUCCUACAAUUAUCAUCCGGAUUCUGAGUCAUUGCAAACUAGACACUUUAAUUCACAUGAAAUAAUAAAUGGGUAUAAUGACCCUUUUAGCUCUGAUCCAAACGCUCCAAGACCAUACAGUCAUACAAAAAAUGCAAUUUUAAGACAUCAGCAUAGUAAUGGAUUAUUGUCUGAAAGUACAUUGUGGAAUUAUGCUAUUCAACUUAGUGGUGCCCUUAGAAUAAUCCAUGGAUCUGGUUUGGCAAUACGAGGCCUUGAAUUGAAUAAAAUUUUAGUGACAGGCAAUGUUAGUUCUAGAGCACGAUUAAGAAUUAAUUGUGUAGCUAUUAUGGAUAUUUUAAUGAAUGAUGUGUCAAGUACAAAUAUAAUAAGUCAUUUUCAACAAGAAGAUUUAACAGACUUUGGUAAACUCUUAUUGGCUUUGGCAUGUCGAUCAUUAAUUGCUGUGCAUCCUGAUAAUUUAGCAACAUCUAUUGAUUUAAUGGCUCGGACUUAUAGUAGUGAUAUUCGAAAUUUAAUUAGAUAUUUGUUGAGCAGUCAAAGGAGACACAUAACUGAGUUGAUGCCUAUGAUAGGAGCCAGGUUUUAUACACAAUUAGAUUCAGUUCAAAAUCAUUCAGAUACUCUUGAAAAUGAACUGACCAAAGAAAUAGAAAAUGGUAGACUUUUUCGAUUGUUGGUGAAACUUGGAUCAAUUAAUGAACGUCCUGAGUUUAACAUGGAUCCAUCUUGGUCAGAAACUGGUGAUCGUUAUUUAUUAAAACUAUUCAGGGAUCACUUAUUUCAUCAAGUAACUGAAGAAGGUCUACCAUGGUUGGAUAUGGGACAUAUUGUGCAGACACUAAAUAAAUUAGAUGCUGGUUCAAAUGAUACAGUUUGUCUGUAUUCUCGUGAUGAAAAGACUAUUUUAGUUGUUACCUACCAAGAAUUAAAACAGUGUUUAGAACAGUCGUUUCGUGAGAUUGCUUCUGUGGCAGCAUCUGAAGAUCUCAUUAGGGCAGAAUAAAAAUUUUAAAUUUAUAUUAUUUUAGUAAAGAAUAAAUAAGAUAAAAAUUUAAGUACUUAAAUUAAAAAUAAGAUGAUUAGUUUAUUAUUCAUUAUUUAUACAUAUAUACACUUGGCCAAAUACCUUAAAACUAAUUUUUAAAAAUUCUAAUUUAAUUUAACUUGUAACUAUUUUUGAACUAACAAUUUUUUUUUAUCAUUCCAAACUUAGGGUUACAUAUUUUCAUAAAAAAAAUUUAAUGCUUAUAUAUUGAUAUACAAAUUAUUAUUUACCAAUUGCAAAUUUCACAAAAUUAAUCAAUAUCAAAUUUAUUAACAUUUUGUACAGUUAAGUUCUUUCCAUAACGUUUCGUACUUUUAUUAGCUGAAAACCAA